AAUUAUUUCAGUCAUUUUGUUGACUUUUAACGGUUAUAACGGGUUUACCGCCGAUGAUAAACAAAGUUAACCUAUAAUCAUCAUGAAGUUAGUGAUAAAAUUGUUUACAAUUGGUCUACUAUUGUCUACGGGACUAUUGGUGGCCACUAUACUACGUACGGUUAUCUAUUUUCCGGCACCAACCCAAGUGGCGACAUGCGCCGAUUUGCACCAACCUAUCGACGGGCAAUCGGUUAUCGAUCGGUUCCGAUCGGCGCUACAAUUCAAGACAAUUACCAAAGCGGCACACGAUUACGAUACCGUCGAGUUGAAGAAGUAUAUCGACUUUAUUAUCAAAAACUAUCCGGCCAUACAUUCGUCUAAAUUUGUUUCCUAUGAAUUGGUCAACAAUUUAAGUCUAUUGUAUACGAUUCAAGGAUCAGAUCCGUCGUUGACACCGUAUUUACUAUGCGGUCAUUUAGAUGUAGUUACCGUCGAACUGGACAAAUGGGAUGUCGAUCCGUUUGCCGGCGUUAUACGCGACGGCUUUAUCUACGGCAGGGGUACUAUAGAUGUCAAGAAUAUUGUUAUGGCAAUACUCGAGUCGUUUGAUUACUUAUUGAAGAAUGGAUUUAAACCGAAACGAAGUUUUUUCAUAGCCUUCGGUCACGACGAAGAAGCCCUGGGUCUCGACGGCGCCCAAUACUUGGCCAAAGCUAUUCAGGCGAAAGGUGUCGACAAACUGGAGUAUCUGUUAGACGAAGGAACGAUAAUUAUGAACCAGACAUUCCCCGGUGUUCAGGCUCUGGUAGCUAUGGUCGGUGUUACGGAAAAAGGCUAUCUGACAGUCCGAUUGGACGCCAAAGGCCAGGUCGGCCAUUCUUCGAUGGCACCGAAAGAGACGGCUAUUACCACAUUGGCUAAAGCGGUGUCAAAAUUUGAGUCUACAGUACAUCCAAAUAUGUUUGGUUCGGGACCCGAAAAGGACUUAUUUGAAGCAUUUGCACCUUAUGCUAGUUUUCCCUAUAAUUGGAUUUAUAGCAAUCUAUGGCUGUUUGGACCGAUAUUUUCAAGAAUCUUAAGUACUAAGCCUUCGUCUAACGGUUUGGUCCGAACCACUAGCGCUGCAACUAUUAUCGGUGGCGGUUAUAAAGAAAAUGUUUGUCCGAGUUCUGCCGUCGCUUACAUUAACCAUCGAAUUCAUGUCAAACAGACCAUCGAAGAAAUAGUAGAUUUUGAUCGCCGACUGAUUAGCGACGAUCGCAUAGCACUGUCCAUCCAUGGUCUACCUAUUCAUCCGCAUCCGAUAUCACCAUACGAUGACCAGUCCUUUGGCUAUCAGACAAUUCGUCGAAGUAUUAGACAAGUGUUCAAUAAUACUGCAGUGGUUCCCGGGAUUAUGUUAGCCAAUACUGAUACCAGAUGGUAUAAACAUCUGACAUCAGCUAUCUAUCGAUUUUCGCCGUCCAUUCUCUAUACUGAAGAUACUGUUAGAUUUCAUGGCCAUAACGAAAGAAUAUCAGUCGAUAAUUAUAUGAAAACAGUCAACUAUUAUCAUCAUAUUAUUGUCAAUUCAGAUCUUAAAGAUUUAGCCGACAAACCACUGGUUAAGGAUGAACUGUAAGGGUAGGGGAGGGGUGGGGUGACUGUACCGGUAGUACUGAUGAUAUAAUGUACGGUAUAAUACUGUUAGUAGUAGUAGUAGUAGGUAGUAGUCAAUCAAAUUGAUAGUACAAAAUGCAAUUUUUUGAAAUUUUUUUGAAUGACAUUUAUAUAUA